CGUGGAACAAAAUCCCUACUAGGCUACUACUACAGCUCACGGUCCAGGAGACCACUCGUGCUGAACGAGAUACAAAUCUCGAUGGAAUCUCGAUGGCGGCAAAUCUUCCGGAAAACACGAUCAAGGAUGACCCGGCCGCCUUCGUUCUAUUUUCGCAUGAAGUAACGAUUAGCAGGCUUCUGAUGGUUCUCAUGUCGAUCAGCGCCGUUUACUUGGCUAUCCGGGACAGGACCACAGUGGUAGACGUCCAAUCCGGGUUUUAGAGCUUCUAGAUUUGUCCUUUCCGAAGGUCUAGCCUAGGGAAAAAGAGGCCGUGGAAUUUCUGCAGCGGGCGUUCUUUUCUUUGCUUU